UCUCUCUCUGUCUCUCUCAUUCUCUCUUGCUCCCUAUUUCUGUUGAAUGUGGUGAAGUCAUAUUUCAGACAAGGGUGUUUGCUCUAUUUAUGUUGGCAGUCUUGAACAGUGAAAUCUGCACUGUGUUGUAAGAAAGAACGCGAAGAAAAGGGAGGAUACAACAUCUGAAGCCCAGACUCACCUGUAUUCACCUGAAAGUAACAUAACAAAGAUCAGCAUGUCAAACCAAGCCGCUGGCUAUGGUUUCAGCCGCGAGGUGCAGAGUAAGAUUGAUAAGAAAUACGACCCAGAGUUGGAGGAAAAGCUGGUGGAGUGGAUCAAGGCUCAGUGUGGCCCUGGCGUCGGCCAGCCGGAGCCGGGCAAGGCCGGCUUCCAAACCUGGCUCAAGGAUGGAUGUGUGCUGUCAGAGCACAUCAACAGCCUGUAUUUAAGCAGCAAGCCAAUCAGAAGCAUUAAGAGCUCUGGCAUGGCGUUUAAGCAGAUGGAGCAGAUAUCCCUGUUCCUGAAAGCAGCAGAAAGCUAUGGAGUCACCAAAAGCGACUUGUUUCAGACUGUGGACCUGUUUGAAGGCAAAGACUUGGCUGCUGUCCAGAGGACCCUGUUGGCUGUGGGUAACUUGGCUGUCACAAAGGAUGAUGGCACUUACAAAGGAGACCCCACCUGGUUCAAUAAGAAAGCUCAGGAGAACAGAAGAGAGUUCUCAGAGGAGCAGCUGAACCAAGGCAAAAGUGUCAUCAGUCUGCAAAUGGGCACAAACACAGGAGCAUCUCAAGCUGGAAUGACCGGGUAUGGUCAAUCGCGACAGAUCUUCAACCCCUGAAUACGGGAAGAGCUUUAACCCUCGUCCUCCUCUGUGACCCGCUGAGGAGACAGAGAAAGCUUACCGAAAUGAGAAAUGCUACCUGACUGUUUCAUGACAAAACUGGACCAAAACAGGGACCAACAAAUGUGCACAUAUACAACACACACUCAUAUAAAUAGAUAUCUGUGACAUUUACACAUUAGGCAGAGCAUUUUUACAGACAGUAGGACAUUGUAAAUACUAUUCUUAAAAAAACAUUCCAUAGGUUAUGCAUGUUUGCUUUCCAUGACUGCGAUCAUGCAAGAACUUUAGAUUGAUUUCUUGUUUAUCACUCAUCCAGAGAUUUCACUUCAGUAUAAGAUUCAACUUGCAGAGACUUGUAACCCACUUGAGAGAAGCAAUCCAUCAGCUUUUGCUCAGACUCUAAGUUCAACAGAUACAUAAUUGCAGCAUGUCAUGCAAUUAUCAACUCUGCUCAUUGGUGCAUUCAAGGACUCUCCUACUUAUUAAUGGAUGAAACAAACAAAUCCAUUAUUAAAUCUGAUGGGUUACUUUUCUCAAAGUUUCAUGUCUCAUUUGUUUUGAUUUGUGAUAAAUUGUAAAAGUGGUAGCUGGUAAAGUUAAGCACAAACUUUGAUGUGAAUACAUCACAGCAAUCAAGUACACUGGUUUAGUUGAGUGUAUGUUAGUUUAUAACAAAUAGCCUGGUUGAAGAAAAAGAAAAGGACACAUACAUCAUGAGAGUUUGAUUUGCUCCAUAACAAAUUUUGCAGCUCUUAGUAAAGUAAUCUUGAUUCUAUUGUUGGACCUUAUUUUUAGACUUUAAUCCAUCACUUAUAAUGAGGAUGAUUGUGAAAUAAAAUUUGAUUUUCCUGUGAA